AUCAAUCAUCACACAACUCCUUAAUAAAAUCCUGCUUCAUUCCUAACCAGAAUUCAAAUCAAAUCAAAUCUCGAUUUCGAUCCAAAAAUGUCAGGCCGUGGGAAGGGAGGAAAGGGAUUGGGAAAGGGAGGAGCAAAACGACACAGGAAGGUUCUUCGCGACAACAUUCAGGGAAUCACGAAGCCGGCGAUUCGAAGAUUGGCUCGCAGAGGAGGCGUGAAGCGUAUCAGCGGGUUGAUCUAUGAAGAAACUCGUGGAGUUCUCAAGAUUUUUCUUGAGAAUGUUAUUAGAGAUGCUGUGACUUACACUGAGCAUGCUCGCCGGAAGACUGUUACGGCGAUGGAUGUUGUAUAUGCUUUGAAACGACAGGGUCGUACUCUGUAUGGUUUUGGUGGUUAGGUUUAGCGUGUUAGUUGUAGACAUGGAUCAUUUCUAUCUUGUUCUUCUUUGUUUUAGCAAGCAAUUAUCGGACCAUAGAGAAGUGGAUGUGGUACACAACCUUGACAAGUAUAGGGGAAUCACGCCAGUGGUACUUUCUCUAUAUCACCAGUCAAUUUAUUGUAGUUCUGGAUGUUGUUUCUCUUAUCACCAGUCAAUUUAUUAUAGUUUUGUUUAAAAAGUGUCAAGUAUCUGAUUCAUAGUAAAUUUAAGCAUUUAUGCCUGUUGAAAACGGGGGAUAGUUGAACUAUAUGUAAAUAGAGGUGUCAAUCUUGACCCAAA